GCCACCGCUCACGGUAAUGGCGGUCUCGUCCACCUCUCCCGCCCCAACAAUUCUCCCAGAACCCUAGCGCUGCCGCCGCCGCCAUCUCAUCCCAGCGAAACCCUACCCGCUACCUUCUGUGCUGCUUGCUUGCUCCGGCCAGGUCGUUCCGCUGCGAUGGAGGAAGGCGGAUUUGAUUAUUGGAAUUGGAGUGUCCCGCUGGCGACACCGCGCGGUCCGGAGGCGGCGGACGGAUCGUCCCUGCCGCCGCCGCUGAGCAGCGACGGCUGGGCGAGGAGCAACAGCCCGCGCCAGGUGGCCUCCCCGCCCCUGAUCAUCACCGCCGACAGAAGCUGGUCGUUGGACGACAUUGAAGACCUAUCGAUGCUUGGCGACGACAUCUUGCCCGCGGGGACCAAUGGAUCGUUGGCGCUCGAAGCUGCGGACUGGAGCUUGUUCGGCCCCCAGUCGAUUCACGGCGAUGACGGCCUCUCCGACCAGGCUGGCGGCGCGGGCGAGGAAUCGCAGGACCCGCUGCUGGAGUUCGACUCCCUCGACUCGUUGUUGGACUUGGACGGCAGCUCGUCGGGAUCGGGAGCGAACCAAGCAUCCGUCGACUCCCAGCUCCAAGCGGCGGGCGCUGACCACCCCUGGGGAAUGGACUCUUGGCUGCCGAUGGCCCCGCCCGCCGUCUCCAACACCUUGUUGCUGGAGCAGACUCAGGUCGGAGCUGGCGACUCGCCGCCGGCUGCCCCGGCCACCGGCCCAAACCAAGCGGGGAUCGACGAGAUGUCUGCGGUGUUGCCCGAGGACGAGACGGCGGACGUGACGAUGACGUUGGCCGAUAUGAUCCGGAUAGCGGAAGAGUGCGGCAAGGACGAAGCCGCGAGCAGAAUGUGGUCCGAGGAGGAGCACAAAGACUUGCUCUAUGGCCUUCGUCGGUAUGCCAAGCAUAACCGUGUCCAUAGCUGUUUCAACAUAUCAACUUAUCUGAACAAGAAGACUGCACUGGAUGUUGCCCUGCGAUGCAGGUGGUUGCAGGACAAGGAGAAAACUGCUAAGCAAGCAGAGUUGGUACAGAAAGAUUCUGCUGGGAUUGUAAAGGUUAAUAAGGGGCAGGGAACAAAGGGCGCUAAAAAAAGUAAAAACAUGUAUCCCCUUUCCAAAGAGGCUCUAGAUUCCAAGAGUAAUAGAGAGCUUCUCCGGGAUAGUUAUAUUUUUAUGCAACAAAUAGAAGAGAACAUAAAGACAGGAAAGUUUGGCGAGGAGACUGCAGACUACUUCUACUUCGUGAGAACUAACAUGGAUGCUAUAGGAAAGAGAGAGAACGAAUUUUGUAGGAUCAGCAUGCCCCUGCCUCCGAUAGAUGAGCAAGGCCUAGAGGAAAUCCUACAGCAGUCUGGUCACAGUUCAUCGGUAACUCCUGACAUUUGUUGCCUCUGUUACUGGUCUAAUGCCGUGGCUUUUUUGCUGUCCUAA